GGGGAUGGGAUGGAGAGGGGAGGACGGCCAGGGGAGCUGUUCGGGUAGGGGAGGGACUUGGCUAGAUCUCCCAAGCCUUCUCCACUCUUCAAACUUUCACCAAACUCUUAGCCCCCGCCUCCCCGAAACCAAAACACAACAGGCUGUGGAAGAGCUGCGAGCGGCGCGGCGGGGCGGGCGGACUCGGCGCGGAACAGAGCCUCGGAAAGCUGAUGCAACUUUCCCUUUAAGAAAGCCACCUGGGCGCACCGCGGUGCGGACCCAGCACGCCUGGGCCGGGGGUUGCAGCAUGCUCUUGAGAUCUGUGGCCUGAAAGGCGCUGGAAGCAGAGCCUGUGAGUGUGGUCCCCGUCACCAGAGCCCCAACCCACCGCCACCAUGGUAGGAAAAGGUGCCAAAGGGAUGCUGAAUGGUGCUGUGCCCAGCGAGGCCACCAAGAGGGACCAGAACCUCAAACGGGGCAACUGGGGCAACCAGAUCGAGUUUGUACUGACGAGCGUGGGCUAUGCCGUGGGCCUGGGCAAUGUCUGGCGCUUCCCAUACCUCUGCUACCGCAACGGGGGAGGCGCCUUCAUGUUCCCCUACUUCAUCAUGCUCAUCUUCUGCGGGAUCCCCCUCUUCUUCAUGGAGCUCUCCUUCGGCCAGUUUGCGAGCCAGGGGUGCCUGGGGGUCUGGAGGAUCAGCCCCAUGUUCAAAGGCGUGGGCUAUAGUAUGAUGGUGGUGUCCACCUACAUCGGCAUCUAUUACAACGUGGUCAUCUGCAUUGCCUUCUACUACUUCUUCUCGUCCAUGACGCACGUGCUGCCCUGGGCCUACUGCAAUAACCCCUGGAACACGCGUGACUGCGCCGGUGUGCUGGACGCCUCCAACCUCACCAAUGGCUCUCGGCCAGCCGCCUCGCCCAGCAACCUCUCCCACCUGCUCAACCACAGCCUCCAGAGGACCAGCCCCAGCGAGGAGUACUGGAGGCUGUAUGUGCUGAAGCUGUCAGACGACAUCGGGAACUUUGGGGAGGUGCGGCUGCCCCUCCUUGGCUGCCUUGGUGUCUCCUGGGUGGUCGUCUUCCUCUGCCUCAUCCGAGGGGUCAAGUCUUCAGGGAAAGUGGUGUACUUCACGGCCACGUUCCCCUACGUGGUGCUGACCAUUCUGUUUGUUCGCGGAGUGACCCUGGAGGGAGCCUUCAGUGGCAUCAUGUACUACCUAACCCCACAGUGGGACAAGAUCCUGGAGGCCAAGGUGUGGGGUGAUGCUGCCUCCCAGAUCUUCUAUUCACUGGGCUGCGCGUGGGGAGGCCUCAUCACCAUGGCUUCCUACAACAAGUUCCACAAUAACUGUUACCGGGACAGUGUCAUCAUCAGCAUCACCAACUGUGCCACCAGCGUCUAUGCUGGCUUCGUCAUCUUCUCCAUCCUCGGCUUCAUGGCCAAUCACCUGGGCGUGGAUGUGUCCCGCGUGGCAGACCACGGCCCUGGCCUGGCCUUCGUGGCUUACCCUGAGGCCCUCACGCUACUACCCAUCUCCCCGCUGUGGUCUCUGCUCUUCUUCUUCAUGCUUAUCCUGCUGGGGCUGGGCACUCAGUUCUGCCUCCUGGAGACACUGGUCACAGCCAUUGUGGAUGAGGUGGGGAAUGAGUGGAUCCUGCAGAAAAAGACCUAUGUGACCUUGGGCGUGGCUGUGGCUGGCUUCCUGCUGGGCAUCCCCCUCACCAGCCAGGCAGGCAUCUACUGGCUGCUGCUGAUGGACAACUACGCGGCCAGCUUCUCCUUGGUGGUCAUCUCCUGCAUCAUGUGUGUGGCCAUCAUGUACAUCUACGGGCACCAGAACUACUUCCAGGACAUCCAGAUGAUGCUGGGAUUCCCACCGCCCCUCUUCUUUCAGAUCUGCUGGCGCUUCGUCUCUCCCGCCAUCAUCUUCUUUAUUCUAGUUUUCACUGUGAUCCAGUACCAGCCGAUCACCUACAACCACUACCAGUACCCAGGCUGGGCCGUGGCCAUUGGCUUCCUCAUGGCUCUGUCCUCCGUCCUCUGCAUCCCCCUCCACGCCAUGUUCCGGCUCUGCCGCACAGACGGGGACACGCUCCUCCAGCGUUUGAAAAAUGCCACAAAGCCAAGCAGAGACUGGGGCCCUGCCCUCCUGGAGCACCGGACUGGGCGCUACGCCCCCACCAUGGCCCCCUCUCCUGAGGACGGCUUCGAGGUUCAGCCACUGCAUCCGGACAAGGCCCAGAUCCCCAUUGUGGGCAGUAAUGGCUCCAGCCGCCUCCAGGACUCCCGGAUAUGAGCAUGGCUGCCAGGGGAGUGGCCCCACCCCCACCCCGUGCUCCCACUGCAGAGACUGGUGAGGCAGAGACCAGGUGUCUCCGCCUGCCCCCUGCCACGCCCUGGCCAGGACGGCUGCUGUCACCUUGGUCACCACUGCUAGUGCAGUCAUUCAUGCUCGUGUCCCCAGUGUUUACACGUCCUUUGGAUGCCAAGAUGGCAGCUGGGGGGAGGGGUGGGAGUGGAGGGUUGCUGGGAGGUCCAAAGCACUUUGGAGGGGUCUCGGGCCAGGUCCCCAGUGGCCUGGACGGCUUUACGUGGCCUCUGAUACCCUUAUACCCUGCCCUGAGCUGAGGUUCUGGGUGGGCCUCCAGCCCCGUGACUAGUGCUCCUGCCCUCAGAGCAGACCCCAGCCUCUGCCAGGCACAUUUGGCUCUUCCUCCCUAGGGGCAGGAUGAGGGGCUGGGGGGCUGCACAGUGUUACUUGUCAGGCUGUGCUGCCCAGCCCUGUUUAUCUGUGUAAUUAUUUUUGUAAACAUUGUAUUCUCUGUGGUCGCCACCUCCUCAACCCCAGCCUCGGGUCCAGUCUGUCUUCCAGGCCUGCUUGCACCUCACUGGGCUGCUCCAGGGUCUCUGCCCCUCAUUCCAGCCCUGGCUGUCAGGCCCAGCCAGCAGAGGCCCGUGAUCCAGCAGCCUGCCCAAAGCAUUUGUUUCUGGGGGAUGGGGUGGGGGCUGCUCCACAGGAGGUUUGAGCCCAGCACCCCGGGGAAGGGGACCCUGCACGACACCCCCUUGCCCUCCCUCCAUCAGGCUAAAAGCCCAGUCUUCCCAAAUGUGCUGCCCUCGUUCAUGUGCCAAAUGGCCCCAGCCCACAUGGCCUUCCCCUCUCUGGAGCGGGAGCCCCUUCUGAAGUGUCUGCAUCCCUGAAGUGUCCAUUUGUCCGUCCUCUGUGCAGUGACAGCCCAGGCCAAGCCACCUCUAAUCCUCUGUAGCAAUAACGGUGCGCCGCCCAUCCCUGCCCAUCAUGCACCACUAGGAUUUUAAAGUCCAUAGAUUUUAAUGAAAUUUCUAUUCGUG